UGUUCAGAGUUGCACACCUUCACCACAUUUUACACUGAAAUAAAUGGACAGACUAAUGCAGGAAUCCCAGAGUUUUCUUCUGUAACUACUCUGGAUGGACGACAGAUUGAUUAUUAUGACAGUGAGAUAAAGAAGCUGAUUCCCAGACAGGACUGGAUGAAGGAGUUUAUGUCUGAAGACAGAUUUAAAGAAUACGCUGAGAUCAGAGAACGAGUACAGCAGACCAACAAAAUCAACAUUACUGUUCUAAUGCAGCAAUUCAGUCAGACACAUGGUGUUCACACGUAUCAGAGGAUGUAUGGAUGUGAAUGGGAUGAUGAGACUGAAGACUCACGUGGGUUUGAUCAGUACGGUUAUGAUGGAGAGGAUUAUGUCACACUAGAUGUGAAGGAGCUCAGAUACAUCACAGCUGUACGACAGGGAGUAAUAACAAUGAUCAAGUGGAAUAAUGACAGAGAACAGCUUAAAUUACUGAAACAAUACUACCAACAUGAGUGUGUUAACUGGUUAAAACAUUUCUUGAUGUUAAGAAAAGUGGAUUUGGAGAGAAGAGCUCCUGAAGUGUCUCUGUUACAGAGGUAUCCCUCAUCUCCUGUAGUGUGUCAUGCCACAGGUUUUUACCCAUCAGGACUAACUAUCACCUGGUUAAAAAAUGGACAGGAUCAUGAUGAGGAUGUGGAUCUUGGAGAGCUACUACCAAAUGAAGAUGGGACCUUUCAGAAGACUUCUACCCUCUAUAUUCCACCAGAAGAGUGGAAGAAGAACCAGUUUGUUUGUGAGGUAGAGCACAUGGGGACGACCUUCCGGAGGAUUCUGACUGAGGAUGAGAUCAAGAGUAACACCAUCUAUCAAAAUGAAAAGCAGGCCUUAAGAUAA